AUCCUCAACAACAUCAUGAAUGACCCAGCCUGCAAGGGAACCGUGGAUAGAAAUGUGACUCCACCGGUCUUGAGGUUUGAAUUACCCCUCAACACGACCAAUUCUUGUGGCAGCCUCUUCAGGACAACCAGCGCUCCAGGCACAGGGAUAUUUUCUGACUUCUCCAACAUCCAGACAGUCAACAUCAGCGGUGUGGUCCGAUCAUAUGAUCCCACCACAGGGACAGUCACUUACAACACUGAGUUGAAGUAUUUUUACUCCUGUGCCUAUCCCCUAGAGUACCUGAUCAACAACACCCUAAUUGAUGUGUCAGCAUCCUCCAUUGCAGUGAAGGACAAUAAUGGUAGUUUCAUCAGCACUUUGAGACUUGAACUCUUCAGUGAUGUCAACUACACUACUCCCAUGGUCAUUCCAAGACUGGGUCUUGAGCUGAGAACCAAAGUCUAUGCGCAAGUCAAGGCCACCAACCUGACCACCCAGUACAAUGUGCUCCUGGACCGAUGCUACGCCUCCAUUUCUCCUCUACCCACUAACUCCACUUUCUUCAACCUGUUUGUCCCUUGCAACAAGGAACAGAUGACCACCAUGCAUGAGAACGGGAAUAGUCAUAAUGCCCGCUUCUCCUUCCCGGCCUUCCGCUUCAUCGAGCAGCAGAAUGAGACCGUGUCCACCUACUUCCUCCACUGCAUCACCCGUCUCUGUGAGAAGAGCAGCUGCAGUAGCUUCAUGCAAUGUAACAGCAGGAGGAGAAGGGGUGUUGUUCCUGCUACCGAAGAUGGAGUGACAGAGUACAAAACCCUCACCUCCCCUCCCAUUACCACUAAAGCAGAGAGCAUUGUAGCUUCAAAAGAACAACUCAUGGGCAGCAACAACUCUAACUCCACUUCAGGUCUUGCGGUGACAGUGGGCUUCCUGGCCUUCGCCUGCAUCAUCGCCAUUGUGAUAGCAGCGGUCUUCUACAAGAGGCUCAACCAUUAAAGGGGAGACUGCUCUGCUUGCACCAGCUCACAGUAGUGCUUCCGUCUGCUUGUCUCACAACUCCGGUGGAGGACUGACUUAUUCAGAUUUGUUUACUUUUGGCCAAGAGCAGAAACUUUGUUUUGUAGAUGUACUUUAGAAUAAUAUCUGCCAGACAUCAGCAAUUAUUUUGUGUACAUACACUGUAAAUAAAUCCUGUUGUUUUUAUGGUAACUUACUGGCAGUCAGUUUACAGUAAUGUACUUUUAAACCAAAGUUUCUUUGGAGUUUACUGUACCAUACUGUACCUUUUUUUACAGUAACUUACAGGUAACUAGCAAAAACAUCAGGAUAUUUUUUUUACAGUGUACUUAAAACAUUU